AUGGGCACGGACUGCAUGGAGCCCGGGGGUCUGUAUGAGUGGACGGGACCGAGUGCGGACGGGACCGAGAGUGGACGGACCGAGUGUGGAUGGGACCGAGUGCGGACGGGACCGAGUGCGGACGGGACCGAGAGCGGACGGACCGAGAGCGGACGGACCGAGUGCGGACGGGACCGAGAGUGGACGGGACCGAGUGCGGACGGGACCGAGAGCGGACGGACCGAGAGCGGACGGACCGAGUGCGGACGGGACCGAGAGUGGACGGGACCUAGAGUGGACGGGACCGAGUGCGGACGGGACCGAGUGCGGACGGGACCGAGAGUGGACGGGACCGAGUGCGGACGGGACCGAGAGUGGACGGGACCGAGUGCGGACGGGACCGAGAGUGGACGGACCGAGUGCGGACGGGACCGAGCGCGGACGGGACCUAGAGUGGACGGACCGAGCGCGGACGGGACCGAGAGCGGACGGACCGAGUGCGGACGGGACCGAGAGCGGACGGGACCGAGAGUGGACGGGACCGAGAGUGGACGGGACCGAGCGCGGACGGGACCGAGAGCGGACGGGACCGAGCGCGGACGGGACCGAGAGCGGACGGGACCGAGAGUGGACGGGACCGAGAGUGGACGGGACCGAGCGCGGACGGGACCGAGAGCGGACGGGACCGAGCGCGGACGGGACCGAGCGCGGACGGGACCGAGAGUGGACGGGACCGAGAGUGGACGGGACCUAGAGUGGACGGGACCGAGUGCGGACGGGACCGAGUGCGGACGGGACCGAGUGCGGACGGGACCUAGAGUGGACGGACCGAGUGCGGACGGGACCGAGAGUGGACGGGACCUAGAGUGGACGGGACCCAGAGUGGACGGGACCGAGAGUGGACGGGACCGAGCGCGGACGGGACCGAGCGCGGACGGGACCGAGAGCGGACGGGACCGAGAGCGGACGGGACCGAGCGCGGACGGGACCGAGCGCGGACGGGACCGAGCGCGGACGGGACCGAGCGCGGACGGACCGAGCGCGGACGGGACCGAGCACGGACGGGACCGAGCACGGACGGGACCGAGAGUGGACGGGACCGAGAGUGGACGGGACCUAGAGUGGACGGGACCGAGAGCGGACGGGACCGAGAGCGGACGGGACCGAGCGCGGACGGGACCGAGCGCGGACGGGACCGAGCGCGGACGGGACCGAGAGCGGACGGGACCGAGAGCGGACGGGACCGAGAGCGGACGGGACCGAGCGUGGACGGGACCGAGCGUGGACGGACCUAGACGAGGAUCCUGGCUCGUCCCGCAUCGGCGCCGGUGGAGGCCGCCGCCCUCGGAGCCCGCAGCCCCCCGCAGGAGCAAACGGAAGGCGGGUCCGAACGAGGAGGGAACCGGGAAGCGAAGCACCACGAGCCAACGCUGGGGUCGGUGCAUCGCGGCGUGA